CAGCUAAGCAUUCGGUACAAAAUAAACGAAACAGAGUAAUGUGGUGUUUUCGUCUCCCGUUGCUUAUAGAUCAAGUUGGGUAACUAUAGUACUUUUGCAAACGAGUAAGAAUCGGGAUCACAUGAAAAUGUUUCUCACUAUGAAACCCGUCAUUUGCAAGUAUUAUUUCAUGUAGUUUGAAUAAGCUAUAUAUAAUUUGAAGUCGCUCAUCUUGGGUGUCAUUUUCAACUAGAGGACGGUUAAGGCGUCGCCCAGAAAACACACACUUAAAAGUCCGAAAGCAGCCAUUUGCUUAUGUCAGGUAACUUUUUUACUCCGGGCGCUGUUUUGAACUUGGCACUCUACUUGCAAAAGGGGGCAAUAGAAGGUAACCUUACGUUUCAGCUAGUUGUUCUAUCGCGUUCUCAGGGCCAAGUCACCUCCGCCAGCUAGUAUCACAUUUAAAUUUCUUCUUUAUUGGCAGAGUCAGAGAUGGGAAAUGACAACAUGCGGAAUCUGUUUUUGGCCAGCACGUUCAUAAAAUUACUGCUGAUUCCAUCAUAUCGAUCGACAGAUUUUGAAGUGCAUAGAAAUUGGCUGGCCAUUACAUACAGCUUACCCAUUAAUAAGUGGUAUAUUGAAAAUACGUCAGAAUGGACGUUGGACUAUCCACCGUUCUUUGCAUGGUUUGAAAAGUUUCUCAGUCUUUUUGCCAACAUGGUGGAUCCAGAAAUGGUCAAAAUAGACAACUUGAAUUAUGCCAGCACAGAGACGAUUCUAUUUCAGCGAUUGACAGUGAUUGUGAGUGAGUUGAUAUUCUAUUGGGCUUUACUCAGAUACGUCAAGUAUUUUGGGAACCAAUAUGUCCAUUGGAUCAUAGCGGGUGCACUGUUCCUUCACCCAGGACUUAUUAUAGUGGAUCAUAUCCAUUUUCAAUACAAUGGAUUGCUUUAUGGCCUAUUGACUUUAUCCAUUGUCGAAGCCAAGAGAAACCAUUUACUGUGUUCUGGAAUCCUAUUCGCCAUUUUACUUAAUUUCAAACACAUUUACUUAUACGUGGCUCCAGCUUAUUUCGUCUACUUACUCAAGGCUUAUUGCUUUGUUAAAGAUGCAAAAGAUCCAAAUGGUAAACAAAGAAAAUUUUCUGUCAAAAGAUUCUUCAUGCUGGGAGGAUCGGUUAUCGCCGUGUUUGUUCUAUCCUUCGGACCGUUCCUGUACUAUAGACAGUUGCCCGCCGUUUUUCAGCGCCUCUUUCCAUUUACCCGUGGACUUUGUCACGCAUUUUGGGCGCCCAAUUUCUGGUCAGUUUAUGCCGGAAUAGACAGGAUGUUAAUUAUAGUUGCUAAACGGUUCGGAUGGAGUUUGAAUGAGGAUGCUGUUACUUCCAUGACCAGAGGCUACGUCGGUGAUACUCAAUUCGCGGUUCUGCCCGCAAUUGAAGCGAUUCACACUAUGAUCCUCACGCUCAUUGUACAAAUGAUGGUCUUGCAAAAGUUAUGGAGAAAGCCGACAUUUGAUAAUUUUCUCUCUUCAUUGACAUUGUGUACUUUUGCAUCCUAUCUGCUGGGCUGGCAUGUGCAUGAAAAAGCCAUUAUGAUUGUAUUGAUACCAUAUGGUUUAAUGGCUGCUAAUUGUAAAACCAAUUUACGUAUCUUGAUCAUUUUGAGCGCCGCUGGAAUUGUCUCGCUCUUUCCUUUAUUGAUUCAUCCGGCCGAAACUCCUAUCAAGGUCACAAUAACGUUAUUAUGGUUUUGUGCUGUCAUCCCAGGCUUGGCUCACAGUGUUCAAAUACCUUUGAAAAAUCUUUUAUCCACAAUGGAACAACAGUAUUUGAUAGGCUUGGUGCUUCUACAAUUCUAUACAGGGUUCAUCCAUGACAUUGUCUUUGGGGAAAGGCUUCCCUUCUUGCCUUUAAUGUUGACUAGUUUGUACUGUGCCAUAGGUAUUCUCUAUGGAUGGGCCCUAUUUAUGUAUGACUAUCUUUUUACAUAGAUAUCCGGAAAAAAUAAAGAAAUAAAUAAAUGAUUUCUGCCCAUGGCUAACGAAAAAUAUCUGAUCUGAGCGUUUUUUUGAUGUGACAAAAACUGGAUCCUGAAUUAGAGUUAUCCUCUCCUUCAGGGUUCUCUUGGUUUCAUCUUCCGGACAAAUUACCUCACCCACAUCGGUUUCCCAAAAGAGAAAGUCAGCCAAAGAGGGUGAGACCUGGGAAAUUCUGGGAAAGAUAAAAAAGAGCCUUUUCUGAUCCAGUAUAUAAAUGUAGCGAGCAAGAGACUAUAAGAGAGAUAAAGGAGAGCGACAUUAUUGAUUUACUUCAUAGCCCUACAGAUACAGCCAUCUUUUGGUUUUUUUUUUCCCACAUAGAUCAAUAGUUUGGAACUCUUUUCUCUGUUGUUAUAGUCUCCAUAUUCACAUACACAAUUACACACAC